CAUGUGUAGAUUGUAUUAGGACAGGAGUGGUUAUUGUAUUCUUUCAAGGUUUUGUCCUCUGCCUUUAGCUUCACUAAAUCCAGUCUUUUCUUCCUCCUUUUGACCUUUUCUUUCGCACUCACAAAAUCCUAGCACACCUAAUUUACCAGCAUUUUUCUAGUCUUUCUCUUUGAAUGGGCUUAGUCAUCAUGGUGUAAAAAGCUGGGCCACAAAUCAUCCUUCUCUGACUCUUGUAGUAUAGUUCCUUUAAGAUUUGUCCUUUGGCAGUGUUCUCUGAAAUCUAAUAAAAUACAUGUUUUCACAGAAGCUGUGCUCUCAAGGCACUUACUGGCUAUCUCUUCCAGUUUUUUUGGCGUUGAGCUUCUCAGGGCAAGCAGCCUUCUGGAACAGUCACCCUUUACCUGGACAUCUACUGUCAUGAACCAUCAGAGCGAAGACAGUCCUAGUCCCAAGCGACAACGCCUUUCCCAUUCAGUCUUUGACUACACAGCAGCAUCACCAGCCCCGUCACCACCAAUGCGACCAUGGGAGAUGACAUCAAAUAGGCAGCCUCCUUUGACCCGACCCAGCCAACACCACUUCUCAGGGGAACGAUGCAACACACCUGCACGAAACAGGAGGAGUCCUCCUGUUCGACGUCAGAGAACAAGGAGAGAUCGUUUGUCUAGACAUAAUUCUAUUAGCCAGGAUGAAAACUAUCACCAUCUCUCCUAUGGACAGCAGCAAGCAAUAGAAGAGCCUCGAGCCUUUCGCCCACCGAAUGUAUCUCCUCGUAUGUUGCACCCAGCUGCUCACCCACCACAGCAGAAUGCAGUGAUGGUUGACAUUCAUGAUCAGAUCCAUCAGGGCACAGUUCCUGUUUCAUACACAGUGACAACUGUGGCUCCUCAUGGGAUACCACUUUGCACUGGCCAGCACAUUCCAGCCUGCAGCACGCAGCAGGUCCCAGGGUGCUCAGUGGUUUUCAGUGGCCAGCACCUUCCAGUUUGCAGUGUGCCUCCCCCAAUGCUUCAGGCGUGCUCAGUCCAGCACCUACCUGUACCAUAUGCAGCAUUUCCACCCCUCAUUUCUAGUGACCCAUUUCUUUUGCAUCCUCCUCAUAUCUCUACACACCACCCUCCUCACUUACCUCCUCCAGGACAGUUUGUUCCUUUCCAAGCACAGCAGUCACGGUCGCCACUUCAAAGGAUAGAAAAUGAUGUAGAAUUGCUUGGAGAACAUCUUCCUGUAGGAGGUUUUACAUACCCUCCCUCAGCCCAUCCACCAACGUUGCCUCCCUCAGCUCCUCUUCAGUUCUUAGCCCAUGAUCCAUUACACCAGGAGGUGUCAUUUGGGGUACCUUACCCACCUUUUAUGCCUCGAAGACUCACAGGGCGCAGCAGAUACCGAUCACAGCAGCCAAUACCACCACACCCUUACCAUCCCAGCCUAUUACCUUAUGUGCUAUCAAUGCUCCCAGUGCCACCGGCAGUUGGACCAGCUUUCAGCUUUGAGUUGGAUGUGGAAGAUGGAGAGGUAGAAAACUAUGAGGCACUGCUGAAUUUGGCAGAACGUCUGGGAGAAGCCAAACCACGGGGAUUAACAAAAGCAGACAUUGAGCAGCUUCCAUCCUACAGGUUCAAUCCAAACAAUCACCAGUCAGAGCAGACAUUAUGUGUGGUGUGCAUGUGUGAUUUUGAGUCAAGGCAGCUACUUAGAGUCUUACCCUGUAACCAUGAGUUCCAUGCCAAGUGUGUUGAUAAAUGGCUGAAGGCAAAUCGUACCUGCCCGAUUUGUAGAGCUGAUGCUUCAGAAGUGCAUCGUGAUUCAGAAUGACCAAUCUAAGAGCACAGAUCUGGUUUGGGUGUUUCUGGUCACAUGUAUAUAUGAACUCUAUUGAACUUACCUACCCAUGUGGCUUCCAGCCUACCCUUUUACACAAAAGGGUCAAUGGACCUUACUUUGCACUGUGUGACUUAAUCAAUUAUAAAGCUUAUAACUAGUCUUCACAGUUACGGGAUUGUUAUACUAACAAGUGUGAUUGGAACUCCAAAGAAUUUUUUUUUUUUUUUUUAGCUUAAUUCUGUGUGUGCACUAACAUUCCCUGGGUUUUGUGUGAUCAUUCCGAGUAUUGCUGCGAGAUUACUGUGGAUGUGAUCUUUUAGCAUGUGCUUUUAUAUAAAAGAAAAAGAAAAAAAAAGUGGUAGCUCCAAACAAUAUAGCAAUCUACCUUAUAUAGAGCCUUCAGAUACUGUGAGUGGGGAUGAACGGUGUGAAUGUGUGUUUGCCUGUGAGAGGGUGAGUGAAGCGCGCUUCUGGCUGGGUGUGUGUGCGUGUUUGAGAACCUAUAUACCAGCAUGUACUGAGAACGUGUGUGUGUAGUAAUAAUUAUGCUGCAAUGUAUAAUCUUGUGUGUUAUUUAAACAGUACUAGUACUGUACACUGGUUCCUUUCCUUGUGUUUGCAGUUGCACACUGAAUGCAAUGGGUGCAGCAAUUACAGACAUUUAGUAUUUUGUCCCCAACGUACUUACAGGUGUAACGACCUUUCUACCUACUACUAUUCAAACAGCUGUUAUGCUUCCCUUUCACUGGAGGCUUUAAGUGUGUACCACUAAAGAAUGCAUUGAUUGCUCAUACAUGAGUAACCUUGGGGGUUUUAUCAUAUGUUACAAAGUCUGUAUUUUUUAAUGGCUGAUUUACAAGUUAUUUUAUCAAUGUAGGGUUGCAAUAUCACAUUUAGCAAUACUAAUGUUUUCAAUUGCUAAUAUGAAUAUCAAUGUUUUUCUGUUUUCCUUUUAAAUCCUCUAGCUGGGUUUACCAGUUAUGUGUUUGUUCCAUGAAAGGAAGCAGAAAGUACACUGAGGGUGUCCUGAUCUUGUGGAACAGCUCUUAACUUUUCCCAUUGUACUUGCUAAGGACAUCAUCUUUUAGCUUAUAAACAUUGGCUUUAAUCACAUACAUUCUUUGUCAUCUACAAGGAAGUUGGUAUGUAACUAAAAUAACUUGUAAAAGGUUACAAUUUUAUUCCUGCAAUUUCAUUAAUAAAAUACAUUUUUUAGUGUUUUCUCAGAGAAGUAGAAUUUAAUACUUCUUUCAUCCCGUCACAAGAGGAGGUAGGGUUUGGUCAUUAACUGCAGAAUUCACUUGCCCUAAUGCUGCUUCCUUCCCUUCCUUACUUCAUGAUGAGUAUAAUAGGAAGAAGGAACUCCAUAGGUUUUUGCAAUCAAGUUUCCAGAGUGCUCCACUAGAGGAGAAAUUUGGAAUACUUUCCAGAACAGUUCUGUGAAAUAGGAGGGGAUAAUGUCUAUUCAAGUGCUCUGAAUAAUAUUUUAUUUGGGCUAUUGAAAAAAAUGAGCUUUCUUUGUAAUAUUUACACUGUUAACAUCUCUGAUGUCUUCUAGCAAAAUCUUUAGGUCUGUAUAUACCACAGUUACUAAAAGGAUGCACUUUUUGCAUUUAAACUCUUCUCAUAAAUACAGUGUCAUUACUUUGGUUGCAGCAGCACAAGUGGCACAAUUGCCAAUAUUGCUACAGCUUGCUGCCAGUCUCAGCUUUAAGUUUAUUCUUUAUCAUUUCUGAUGCUUUUGUAUGCUGCUAUGCUUUAGUAUCAGUUAAAAUUUCCAACAGUGUUGGGUGUUCUCCAUGCUGGUUUUCCUCUUUGAAGAUUUUACAGACCAGUCACAGCUCUUGGUGCAGCUAAAUAAAAGCACAAUUUUACCCUGUUUUAGAUGUUUUUCCCUCUUUAGUUACGCAGGUAGCUCUCAAAAACAGUGAAGCUUUCCAUACCCAUCCUUACAUAGGAACACUAAAUAAAUAAAAAUGCCGUUACUUCCACUUCAAAAUAUUAGAAUUUCUUUUUCCUCUCUUCCAGUGGAGUUAAAGAAUAGGCUUUUCACAAUAGCACCUAGCAGGUUAAAUUACAUGUAAUAAAAUUUAUUUUUUUAACAAAUAAAAUCAUGUUUAAAAAGCAUAUGCCACGUAUGUCUUACAAAACUUAGCCUCUUUUAUAUAACUGCAAAAGAAAAAAAAUCCAUGUACAGAUUUAAACAUGACUAACAUUUCUGUGUUUAGUAUUCAGUUCAAAGCUUGGAAAGAGGGUACUUUUUCUAAACUUGAUACAAGUGCACAAGACACAUACUUCUGAAGCUGAGGGAAAGUAGUUCUCUUUCUGGAACUGGAGAAAUGUCCCUUUUCCCCCACUAAAAUUCAGUGAGACAAUGGGAGAUCUAGGAGAUGGAGGGUCUAAGUUGGUAAAAUCCUG